AUGCGAUUUGGCAGCAACUUGCAUCUGCGGCGGGUCCCAGCCUGGACUGAGUCUUACGUCGACUACAACCGCCUCAAGGCCCUCGCCGACGCUGAGUCGUCUCUUCCAGAACUCGGAGAGGCCAUCCGCUUUGAAACCCGCAUUGUGGACAUGUUCCUAGCGUCGUAUAAUAAACAGAUCGAAACACAGUUCCUGGCCCUUCAGCAGCGGUGGGGGAUCCGGAUUGGCCAUCGCGUGCUUCAUGACUGCCAGGGCGACAUAAAGGUCUCGCUCUUGGAGAUUGCGGAUAAAAUAGCCAAAGCGGAGUCUUACUUUAGGGUCAACCAGGACGCAGUGUCGCGUAUUCUUGACAAGGCUGCAAUCAAGUACACUGACGCCGAGGUGAAGGGUAUCAAAGCCCACUUCAAGCACCCAUGGAAAGACCGCUCGGCUCUUCUCGAGAUCAAUGUGACCUUACAGCACGUCCAAGAGGCUCUUCAGAAGACUGCAGAAGCAAACGGCGAGUCCCCUUCCCGAUCGCUGCUACUGGAGCAGUGUUGGUUUGGCCGAUUUCCGCCUGACAUACUCCGAUAUUUAUACAACGACGAUGCUUCAAAACUUGAGCAGGCCCUGAGUCUCCAUGUCCCAGAGUCCUCGGAAGUACGACAGCCAGUCCUCGUCAGCUUAGUUCAAGUCGCUACCGUCUAUGGAUCCUCUAGCUGCCAGAUGAAGCUUCUGAAGAGCCUGCGGUCCAGCUCAGUCAAACCAAAUUCCCUUGCACCUCCGGACUACCUCCAACGGAUUAUCCAGCACCUUAGUCGGGCUGAUCCACCACUUGACAGUUCCUCCGCCACGACUAGCUUUGGCCAGAUACUGAAGCUGCUGCACCCAACUCAACUUGAUCUUUUACAGAGCCGAGAUGGACUGGGGCGUCUACCUCUUCACUACGCUGCGCUCUCCGGCUUCGACGGAGUAUGCCGCGAGAUAAUAUCCGUUAUGCAGGGCUCGGCCGAGGCUAGUCUUCUAGGAAAGCUUUGCCUUAGUCCUGACAAGUUCAGCUUGACACCGUUAGACUAUGCCGUUCAAAGAGGCUAUACGGCUGUGGCGGCGCUCCUCCUGGGAGUUUGCGAGACUCCGAUUUGCUGCGGGAAACUGCAGCCGGCUGGCAUGACAGACCUUCUCAACACAGCUAUCGCUUCCAGAUCUCUGGACAUCGCCCGUUUGUUGAUCAAAAAGGGCUGGGGUGUGCGAUUUGUGGGCAGGUCAAGUCGCACCAUUUUGCAUACCGUAGCGGAGCAGGGACUUGCAGAGUUGGUUAGGGAUGUUGUUGCUCUCGGAGUGGACAUCGAUGCCCGGGAGAGAGGCAGGGGGUGGACAGCUCUUACUACUGCCAGCGUGCAAGGACACCAUGCCGUCGUUGAGGCGCUGAUCGACUCUGGCGCCAGAGCUGAGAUCCGUGAUUAUCGGGGUUGGUUGGCUAAGGACCAUGCGGCGUACCGCGGACAUAUGAAAGUGGUUGAUGCCAUCAAGUCCGACGGGUCAUCUAAGCUACAGCCAAAGUCUGACCAGCGUCUAGGCAUAGUCAAUAUCCUCCCAGAGCGGUCCCCAUCAGACUCGGUCAUCUUAGUCCACCUCGGCACACUGGACAUGUGGAAAGGGACUACCACCGCAGUUGAUAUUACACCGUACAAGAGGCGCAUCUCGCCGCUUCAGGUUCAUGACACAAGCUUAGAGCUUUCCAUCUCUCUCGUAGGGAACGACCAAAAGAAGACCGUCCUCCUCCCAUACCUAUCGGAAAACUCAGACCGGCCUUGGUGCUUUACAACUAAUGAUCCGCACAAUGCGGCAGUCGUGUUGAAUGUCAGCAAUCUGGCUGACAAGACUUCCAUCGGUACAGGCGUCGCGUUGGUUGGAAGCUUGAGAGCAUCCUUGGGCAGCAAGAGGGAAACGCUGAUUCGUGAUUAUAGUAUCCCGCUCGUCAGUGAUAAAUUUGGCCAUGUCGGCAGCGUCGUUAUUUCAGCUGUCAUAGCUCGUCCUUAUCACGGUGCUUGCUCGCCUCCUCGAACAUCUCAAACAUUGGCCCUCGAAAAGUCAUCACGUCUCGGUGGCCAUCGCGGCAACGGUCAAAAUACUAGGUUUAACUCCUUGCAAAUCGGCGAGAAUACGAUCAAAUCAUUCCUCACGGCCAAGGAGCUGGGAGCCGACGUCGUCGAGCUGGAUGUCCAACUCACCAAGGACCAUGUGCCGGUUAUCUACCACGACUUUCUUGUAGCAGAGAAGGGGUCUGAUGCGCCAAUGCAUACUCUGACCUACAAGCAGUUUAUGGCUAUCAGCGACGCUCAAACAUCCUCGACUUGGCAUGAGGAGCCGAGGAAAAGGCUGCCAUGGGACGAGCGCGAGCGUCCUCUAUCCCUGCGAAACACUCGUCGCAUGUCGCUCUGUGCCCCAUUGGACAGCGCCACGGCUGCCCUUACUGACCACAUGAAGAACACACUCAAUUACCCGGGAUACAAACCAAAUCUCAGGCAUCACAGUAUCCAUGAACCAUUCAUCACGCUUGAGGAGCUCUUCUGUAGCCUGCCAGAGGACAUUCCGUUGGACAUUGAGCUCAAUGAACGAGUUGCUGAAACGUAUCCAGAAUAUCCCAUGCUUUAUGAGGCCGCCGACUUCCAAAUGGACAACUACGCGACUGAGAUCAACGUCUUCCUUGAUACCAUUCUCUCCGUAACAUACGCCCGUGCCGGCAAUCGCCGAAUAAUCUUCACUUCAUUUAGCCCCGACAUCUGCAUGGUCCUUGCUGUCAAACAGCAGAUUUACCCCAUACUCUUUCUCAACGACUCGUCGAACUGGCCCACCGGCGAUAUGCGAGCGACGUCCCUGCAGACAGCGAUGCGCCUAGCUCACAGAUUCGGGCGUCAUGGCGUGGCCAUGUCAUCAGAGCCUUUUGUUCACAGCCCCGGAACUGUAGGGCUAGCCAGAGGCCAGGGACUAUACACGGCAUCGUACGGACCGCUAAACGACGAUGGGGCCAGCGUUGAGAUUCAAGCGAAAGCUGGCGUUGAUUUGAUCAUCAUCAACAAGGUCAAACUGAUGAGGCAGUUUGUAGAUGGAGCUAAAACACUAGAGCUUGCUGAUCUUUAG